AUGUGGCGUGAUGGCGGCUGGGAGCCUUUGCUCACUACGUUCGAUUUGAAGAACGCCUAUCGGCAGUUUCCUCUCUCGCGCGAUGUUGGACUCUUCGAGUCCAAGGCUUUACCGUUUGGCAGCACCGCAUCAGUCGUGCAUUUCAACCGCCUGUCACGACUGUUCUGGAGGAUAGGCAUCGAGCUUCAUUUGCCUUGGGCAAAUUUCUAUGACGAUUACCCUGUGAUGACUCCUUCCCUGUUGCGUGAGUCCACGAUGACCACGAUGAUGCUUCUCUCACGGCUCCUUGGUUUUGAUGUCUCGUUGGAGAAGUUGGCGCCUUUCGCCCCGACGGCGUCCAUGUUAGGUGUCGAACUCGACUGCAGCGAUGCGCAGGAUUCCAUUUUGCGUGUGCGCAACAAGGAGGGCCGUGCCAGUGAAGUGUGUGAGGUCAUUCAACAUUGCAUUCGUGAAGGUGUCAUCCGACAUCGCGAUUUUGCCCGAGUGGCAGGACGCAUACAGCUUUCGGAUUCGCAAAUUAUGGGACGUACCGGCAAGCUUGCUUUGGCGGAGCUGCGUGCAGCGUCCGCCCGACAUGCUGACAGAUUCCGCCUUGGUCCGCAGGAGGUCAAGGCUUUCGAUUUUCUUGUUAGCCGGUUGUCUUUUGGGGUAGCGCGCGUACCGUUGGAGGCAUUCUUUUCGAUCCUUUGGGUCUCUGAGCCCAAGUACUUCGCCUGUCAUGUCAGCGCAGCCGUUGCAGCGCUUUGGUUGCAAGACAUGAAACACAUCAUUGGUCCGGUCGAGGCCUAUGCUGUGUUGACAGCGCGAAAGGUCUUUCAUCAAUCGCUCUCGGGUCGCUAUUGCAUUUUCUUCAUCGAUAACGAUGCUGUGAUGCUCAGCUACAUUAAAGGAACGUCUACCAGCAAACAGCUGAGAGACAUUUUACUGGCUUGGGAGUCCUUGGAGCAACACGCUCACACGUGGGCCUGGUGGGCACGCGUACCGUCAGCUUCGAAUCCAGCGGAUGACCCUUCGAGGGGGGAGCUUGAGAAACUUGCUGCCUCAGGUGCAUCUCGCGUGGAUUGCGACUGUCCGCUGACUGGGACAAAACUCUUGAACCUGUGA